CCGCGACGUCCCCAACCGGCAUCGUCCUCGUGGACUGCUCCGAGGCCGGAAAGGUCAACCGCCUCAAGACCGUUUACCUCGAGAAGGUCGUGCCCCUCCUCGAGGAGGAGUUCUCCUACGAGAACAUCCACGAGGCGCCAAAGAUAGAGAAGAUAGUGGUGAAUUGCGGGAUGGGAGAUGCGGAGCAGAAUUCGAAGGGGUUGGAGGCGGCAAUGAGAGACUUGGCGCUGAUCACCGGGCAGAGGCCGGUGAAGACCAAGGCGAAGAAGUCCAUUGCAAGCUUCAAGCUGAGGGAGGGCGCCACCAUCGGCAUUGCCGUCACCCUCCGUGGUAAUGUAAUAUAUUCCUUUCUGGAUCGGCUUGUAAACCUGGGUCUCCCUAGGACCAGAGAUUUCCAAGGUGUUACGUCAGGUAACUGUUCAGCCGUGGCCUUGAGGCCGUCGCGGCUUGGUCCGAGUCCGGAAGGCGGUGGUCUACGGGUGGGGGAGCCCCUCGAGUCUACUGGAUCUCCAAAGGCGGCGAUCUCCGAAGGCUUCGCUCCUGCACAAAGGUCGGGUCGGGGUGCUCGACCCGACCCCUCCGACGAUCCAGUCAGUCAAAGAUGUGGAGGGGGUUUGGGAGGAGGAAAAACCUCCGUGGGUGGAGUUAUGCUGAGAGAGUUCUUUGGGGAGUUCAGGGGUAUUUAUAGACGGAUUUAGCAUUAUCGGAUGUGACCGCCCGCUAGAGCGGGAUGGUACUUCUGAUGGCGUCUGACGCGGCCGUUGGGGUCACGUGGUGGAGUGGUUUGCCGCAGGGUAUGGGCGGAAGCUGGUCGUCGCCUUGCCUUGCCGUGGUCAACCAUGCCUGGGUCGGGGGUUGCUGCGUGGUAGCGGAAGUUGUCAGCGCGGGUCUAAUCAACAUUAUUGUCUUCAGACUCGGGCAGCCUGGUGCCCAGGUGGGGCCGUCGUCGUGGCACGUCAUUCGGCCAUUAUUUCCCCUAUCACAAGGUGUCAACGCCAACAGUAUCGAUGGGCAUGGAAACUACAGCACCGGAUUUCGUGAUCGAAGUGUGUUUCCGGAGAUCCGAUAUGAAGCCCUGGGUAAGCAGAAAGGAAUGGAUGUUUGCAUCACGACCACGGCCAAGACGGAUAAUGAGGCUCAAAGACUGCUUUCUCUCCUCGGCAUGCCAUAUCGUGAGGGGGCAGCCUCAACAGCAGUGAUGGUGCGCAAGAAGAAGAGAAAGGCCAGGCCGCCCAUUUUGAUACCAAAUCUAAGGGAAGAAAGUAGUAGCCAAAUCUUUUUAACAUGUUGUGGGAUCAAGUGAGCUCCAUGAUUCAUGACCUGUUUCGAUCUAUUUUUUGGGUUCGUUGUGAGAUCAGAUGAACUCUGAUGCAAGUCCCGUUUCAAUCUACUUGUUAGGUUGGCUGUGAGAUCAACUAAAGUCUAUGAUUCAUGUCCUAUUUUAAACUGGGUAAAAGUCGAGAGGAAGAGGGAGACUUCCUAUUGACUCGCAAACUGCUUCACUGAGAAAA